AUGUCUCAAAUAUGUCAAUCUCUCGCACAGACAAAUGUGAGCAUGAAUAUCAACACAAUGGCCAUUGCCGUCGCCGUCGUUAGCAAGCCGGAUGCCUACGCGGCGUUGUGUGGAAAACUCUCCACUCUAGCAUGGGAAGCAUUUAGUGUCAAGUGCGGGAAUCACGAAAACGGAGAGAAUUUGCGGAGAUUAUCCCAAUUUCAGUUGUCCCUAACCGUGGUUCAAUCAUUUGAUAUCUUGGAGAUCAAUAAUCCAAUCAAUUUCUCUUAUCUCUGGCAUUGGAACCACGAAAGCAUGAAAGUACGAAACGCUCACAAGCUUCAUCAAGACCGACCCGAGAAAUUGAGAGAGCGGCUGCUUGCUACGCCUUCUGUGCCCCUGCAUUGCAACGUCGUUGGGCCAUGUCGCUGGUGCUUCCACGACAGUAAUUUGUGGGGUUGUGGUUGUACACGGUUUGUACCUGUCACUGUACAUACCAAACAUCAUCAAAUCAUGUUAUUCACCUCAUGCCACUGUGAAGUUGUACAUGCUUCGGAGUACAGCGACGACCAAUUUAAUGGCAUGCACUUCUGA